AUGAAGUUGGAUAUUACAAAAACAUUUACCAAUCGUACUAAUAGAGUCAAGGGGAUUGAUUUUCACCCUAAGGAACCUUGGGUUCUAACUACGUUAUACACAGGCCAAGUAGAAAUAUGGAAUUAUGAAACUAAACAAGAAGUGAGAUCAAUCCAAGUUACCGAAACUCCAGUUAGAGCUGGUAAGUUUAUUGCCAGAAAGAAUUGGAUUGUGGUUGGUUGUGAUGAUUUCAGAAUCAAAGUAUUCAAUUAUAAUACAGGUGAAAAAGUGGCAGAUUUUGAAGCUCAUCCAGAUUAUAUCCGUUCUAUUGCGGUACACCCAACUAAACCAUACAUUUUAUCUGGUAGUGAUGAUUUAACUAUCAAAUUAUGGAAUUGGGAGAAGAACUGGGCACUUGAACAAACUUUUGAAGGCCAUGAACAUUUUGUUAUGUGUGUAACUUUCAAUCCAAAAGAUCCAAACACUUUUGCCUCCGCAUGUCUUGAUCGUACUGUCAAGGUCUGGUCUCUUGGUCAAUCUACUCCAAACUAUACAUUAGAGACUAAACAAGAAAAAGGUGUAAACUACGUUGAUUAUUAUCCUUCCCCAGAUAAACCAUAUUUGAUUACAUCCUCAGAUGACUUGACCAUUAAAGUCUGGGAUUACCAAACAAAGUCGUGUGUUGCAACUCUGGAAGGCCAUAUGUCCAAUGUCUCAUACGCCGUUUUCCAUCCAACAUUACCUGUUAUUAUUUCUGGUUCCGAAGAUGGUACUGUCAAGGUCUGGAAUUCUGCUACCUACAAGGUUGAAAAGACCUUAAACUUAGGUUUAGAAAGAAGUUGGUGUAUUGCAGUCCACCCAGCAGGUAAAAAGAACUACAUUGCAUCUGGUUUCGAUGGUGGUUUCACAGUUUUAUCUCUAGGUAAUGACGAACCUGCUUUAUCUCUUGACCCAGCUGGUAAACUUGUAUGGUCUGGUGGUAGAACUGGUAGUGCCAAUGAUAUAUUUACUGCAGCAAUUAGAGGAAACGAAGAAGCCGAAGAAGGUGAACCAUUACCUCUACAAUCCAAAGAAUUAGGUUCCGUUGACAUCUACCCUCAAAGCUUGGCCCAUUCUCCAAACGGUAGAUUUGUUGCUGUCGUUGGUGAUGGUGAAUAUGUUAUUUACACCGCCCUUGCCUGGAGAAAUAAGGAUUUUGGUAAGUGUAAAGACUUUGUAUGGGGCCCAGAUUCCAACAGUUAUGCUAUUAUCGACCCAGAAGGGAAGAUCAAACUUUACAAAAACUUCAAGUUAGUAAGUAACUGGGAAGCUGAGCAAAAAGAAGGGCGUGCCGAAAAAUUAUACCCUGGUACUUUACUUGGUGUUAGCAUGUAUAAGAUGACAUAUUUCUUCUCAUGGGAAACUGGUACAUUGGUAAGAAGAUUAGAUAUAAACCCGGGAAGUAUUUACUGGUCAGAAGGUGGAGAAUUGUUAAUGGUUACUAACGGUAACCCAGACCCUGCUGUAGACGAAGCUAAAGCACAUGCUUUGAUCUACGACAGAGAGAAAUAUUUGGAAGUCAUGGAAUCCCAUGAGAGUGAUAAAUGGGCAAGUAGUAACGAUAUAGAUGACGUAAUGGAAACCGUUUAUGAAGUAAAUGAGAAUAUUACAUCUGGUAAAUGGGUUGGAGACGUUUUCAUCUUUACGACAUUAAGUAACAGAUUGAACUACUUUGUUGGUGGUAAGACAUAUAAUUUAGCACAUUACACCAAGGAUAUAUUCCUAUUAGGAUACAUAGCACGUGAUAACAAAGUAUAUGUUGCUGAUAGACAAGUACAUGUUUAUGCUGAAGAUAUUGCACUUGAGGUUCUGGAAUUCCAAACUUUGACAUUAAGAGGUGAACUUGAGGAUGCCAUUGAAAACGUUCUGCCUAAUAUCAACAGUAAACGUUCGUUGCUAAAAUUAUCCAGAUUUUUGGAAGGUCAAGAAUACUUUGAAGAAGCAUUAAAGAUAUCUCCAGAUAAUGAACAAAAAUUUGAGUUAGCUUUGAAAACUAAGAAACUUCAAAUGGCUCGUGACUUAUUGAACGAUGAUGAUACGGAAAAUAAAUGGAUAGCGCUAGGUGAUAUGUCUCUACAGCUAUUUAAUUUUAAAUUAGCCAUUGAAGCAUAUACUAAUGCUCAUGAUCUCGAAUCAUUAUUUUUAUUGUAUUCUUCAUUCAACAAUAAGGAUGCAUUAAUCCAAGUUGGUAAAGAUUCUGAGGCUCUGGGUAAAUUCAAUUUGGCAUUUAACAGUUACUGGGCUGCUGGCUCUAUUGAAGACGCUAAAAACCUACUAGUUAAGGUUAAUAGAUUUUCUGAGGCUGCUAUUUUAAGUUCUACAUAUGGUUUAAAUGAAAAAGAAAUCAACGAGGUUGUCGAUUUGUGGAAAAAUCAAUUAAACCUUGAUGGUAAAAGUGCAAUUGCCGAGAGAAUCAUCAAGCCAACCGAGACACAAACUGCAUCCGAUUCUAAAGUCGAAGAACAAACUUUAAUUGAUUUAGAUAGUAAACCAGUUGUUGAACCAGUUGUUGAACAAGAAAUCCCAGAAAAGGAAGAAGAAGUAAAAGAAGAAAAAACUGAAACAGUAACUGUUGACGACGAUGAUUCUGAAAAAAGCGAGAAUGUUAAAGAAAUAGAAGAGACAGAUGAUGCUAAAGACAAAUAG